AUGGCGUCGUUCUGCAUUCACCAGGGCUGCAAUGGCAUCGUCUAUGAUGAAAGUGAAGAUGAUUCUAAACAUGAUCAACUUUUCCUGGGCGUGAAGAAGACUGAAAUCAAGGAUCCUGGCCAUAGAGAGAAGCACGAUAAGGUCAAAGUUGAUUUGAAUGUGAGUGAGAAAAGGGAAGAUGAUUCUAAACACUAUCAACAUUCCUUGGGCAUGAAGAAUUUGAAUUUAAAAGAUGAGGUUUCAGCAAAUGGAAAAGUUGCAAAGACAUUUACUUUAGAUGAGCUUGCAGCUGCAACAGGGAAUUUUAGGGCGGGUUACUUUGUUGGUGAAGGAGGGUUUGGCAAGGUUUAUAAGGGUUACAUCGAGAAAAUUAAUCAGGUUGUUGCAAUAAAGCAACUUGACCCUACUGGACUUCAAGGAACCAGAGAAUUUGUUGUUGAAGUGUUAACACUUGGUUUGGCAGAACACCCAAAUCUUGUCAAGUUAUUAGGAUUUUGUGCUGAGGGAGAGCAGAGGCUUUUGGUUUACGAGUACAUGCCUUUGGGAUCUUUGGAGAAUCAUUUGCAUGAUCUUUCUCCCGGGGAAAAACCACUGGAUUGGAAUACGAGAAUGAAAAUAGCUGCUGGUGCAGCUAAAGGUUUGGAGUAUUUGCAUGAUAAAAUGAAGCCUCCGGUCAUAUAUCGUGACCUCAAAUGCUCCAACAUUUUGUUAGGCGAUGAUUAUCAUCCCAAGUUAUCUGAUUUCGGCUUGGCCAAAGUAGGUCCAACGGGUGAUAAGACCCAUGUCUCAACAAGAGUAAUGGGAACAUUUGGGUACUGUGCUCCAGAUUAUGCAAUGACAGGUCAAUUGACAUUCAAGUCGGACAUUUAUAGCUUUGGAGUGGCUCUUUUGGAACUCAUCACAGGCAGAAAGGCCUUUGACCAUAGAAGACCUGUUAAAGAACAAAAAGUAGUCGAAUGGGCAAUUCGGUCAUUCAAAAAGCAAAAAAGAUUCUCAAAGAUGGUGGAUCCAUUGCUUGAAGGUCAAUAUCCAGAAAGAGGUCUAUACCAAGCUUUUGAAAUUGCCUCUAGGUGUGUUCAAGAGCAGCCUAAUAUGCGGCCUGUUAUAGCAGAUGUGGUCACAGCUCUAGAUUACAUUGUUUCCCAAAAUUAUGAUCCACAAGUUCAUCCAAUACAAAGCUCGAGAUAA